UCGUCCAAUCUAAGAGGCUUCACAUCAUGCAAUCAUGGACUACCCCACUUUGGCUUUUUUUUUUACCAACAACCAUCUAUCUAGCUAACAGUCAACCAUGUUUUUAGAUUGCUACUUUAGUAACAACCAAGCUACCAACUAUUUUAGAGAAGUGUGAAGGUUACAUUUCUAAACAGUGAAGAGGGAAAGUACCUGAGGUCAUGGGGAACUCAGAGAGCAUUUGGUGGAUUGUAGUGGAAUGUACUUGCAGGAUCCUUGGUGUUUCUACAGCAACGGUGUUGUGUGCUGUGGGAGUGGAGACCCUACAACAGGGAGAAUUCAACAGCCUUGGCAUCUACCUAGUAGUAUCAUCUGUUGGCAUCAUGAUGUUUGAGCUGGCCUAUUUCCUGGACAUGAUUCUGCUCAUGUGUCUGCCCUGUCCUCCAGACUGGAAGCUCUUUUUGUUGUGGGGAAAAAUGGCUCGCAUUGGAGGCUUCCAUAAGUUCCUCUAUUACUCCAUAAUGUCCUUGGUCUGCUUCUUGCACCCUGUGUUGGUGUGGCAUGCAAUUAUCCCAGGGACAAUGCUUCUGGUGACAGCCUUUUUCAACUUCAUACUAAGCAAGAAAACAAAGACCAAAUCACCCAAAAGGCCACAGGAGAGUCACAGUGACCAAGGCCCGACCACUGUCUAUGUGACAGAAGGAGCCUCGAACAGCACUGUCUCAUUCUUCCACGUGGUGACAGGAAGGAGAGCGGGGGUACUGGCUCUCCCAAACAGAGACCGCUGCCUCGGCCCGGGAGAGAGAGGAGACAGCGUCCAGGCCAUGCUGGAGCUGGAGCAGACAGCAGCACCUAAAGGCACAGACAAGGAGAGGAGGAGGUGGAAAGAGAGGAGACUGAUAUGCUUGAGCGGUUGGGAGGAGCCUGUGGAGAGAGAGAUGGAGGAGAUGGACGGAUACUGUGAGCCAGAGCCAGACACCACAUCAGACACUGCACCUAUGAUUACUGACUGAACGUCCCUCUGCACUCAGACUCAGCUGCUUACUGAUAUCACACAAAGAAAAGCAUGUGUAUGCAUUCAUGCUGACUGCUGAGUGCACUAGCUGCUGCUACUCUGUGGCAGACGUUAAGCUGAAAAUCACAUUAUAAAAUGUCUGACCAACCAA